AUGGCUAUAAAGUCACAGGUCCUAGCAAACUUCGUGGCUGAAUUCUCCCCUGGCGUGCUCCCAGGUCUGGAGCAGGAGGUACGCCUCCGAGGCGAAAGUAAGGAAGAGGGAGAAUGGAUCCUACAUGUUGAUGGAUCCAACAACGUCAGAGGAGCUGGAGUAGGGAUAGUGCUUACCUCGCCAACAGGGAACACAACCUCAAGGGCAGUGAGAUGCAACUUCAAAGCAACCAACAACGAAAGCGAGUAUGAGGCCCUAAUCGCAGGCCUAACCGUCGCCCAUCAAAUGGGGGCAGAGAACAUCCAGGUCUUCAGCGACUCCCAGCUGAUAAUCAACCAGGUACAAGGGGAGUACCAAGCAAAAGACGACAGCAUGAUCCAAUAUCUGGCGGUCGCUCAACGAGUAAUCAAGAAGUUCAAGAGCUGCAAGCUCACUCAAAUCCCCCGGGAACAGAAUUCACAAGCUGACACCCUAGCUAAUCUAGAGUCUGCCCUUGAAACGAAUAGCCAGAAGAGUAUCCCUUUGCUCGUGCUUCAAUGGCCAGCUACCAUGGAGGAACCCCCGUCAGAGGAGGUCUCCGCCGUCGAAGAAGGCGAAACCUGGAUGACCCCCCUAAUCCGGUACCUGGAGGCCGACAUCCUCCCGGAAGACCGUAGCGAGGCCAGAAAGAUCAAAAAGCAUGCCGUGAGGUACUGCAUCUCCCGGGAGAAGCUGUACCGGAGAUCUUUCUCUGGUCCGUAUCUGAGGUGUGUCACACCCCGAGAGGCCUCUAGAAUCCUUGUAGAACUACAUGAAGGAGAUUGUGGAUCCCACUCUAGUGGCCGAAGCCUGGUGCUCAGAGCCAGAAGGGCCGGUUACUAUUGGCCCACAAUGGCCGCCGACACUGACAGACAAGCCAAUCACUGCGACCAAUGCCAAAGGCACGCUCCAGUCUCCAAGCUUCCCCCAGAGAACCUCAAGUCCAUAAGCUCACCAUUGCCCUUCAGAAAAUGGGGCAUAUAUAUAGUAGGGAAAUUCCCUAUGGCGCCGGGGCAGAAGGUCUUCCUUCUUAUAGUCACUGACUACUUCUCCAAGUGGGUCGAAGCAGAAGCGCUCAGCCGCAUAACAGAUCUCCAGAUCCGCAAGUUCCUGUGGACCUACGUAAUCACUCGCGUCGGGGUCCCGCACGAAAUCGUCACCGACAAUGGACCCCAGGUCACGAGCCACAACUUCAAGGAGUUCUGCAAGGACUGGGGCAUAAAACUAACUUUUGCCACACCCCGACACCCCCAGUCUAACGAACAAGCCGAGUCCAUGAACUAA